AUGACGUAUUUUGUCGCGGCUCAAUGCAUGGUGUCUUGGAGCGAUCUAUCCAUCCUGCUUCCUACGCCCCAGGCGCGAGAACUGCAGAUACACGACGGGCACGACGAAGCUGGUGGCCAGGAUGCCCAGCACGACGAGGAAGUGCGCCCCCAGGCUCAUCUGGGGCUCGAACUCGACCCCGUCGUCGUCGACGGCGCGGCGGCCCCUCUCCCACCGCCGGCGGUCCUCGUGCCUCUGUGUCCGCUCGUGGCCCUGCUUGUCGAAGUGCCAGACCUCGUCGUGGUGCCGGUGCCCGAAGGGGUCGGAGCCCGGUCCCAUCCCGCCGUGCCUGCCGCUACCGCC